ACACAAAGAAGCCCAGAGUCGUUAUACCCAGGAGCAGAUACAGGGUGUGUCUGAUUCAACCUCAAAGUUGCAUAAGCAAGAUUUCAAAAUGAAUUCUACUCUGGAGACCUAAGCCCAGUGUACAAUGUUCCUGGCUGGAAAAGAAGAACUACAUCACUCUUUGUUUUCAAAUCUUUACCAUCACUCGCCCUUGUAUCUCCGCCUUCUCACUCUGCAGGAAACUUUAUUUCCUACUUCUGCACACCAAGUUUCUACCUCCAGUUCUGUUUGGUUCAGUUGCUGAGAAGCCUGACACAUCAGUGCCACUUGGAAGAAGCAACAGACCGGGCAGAGGAAGAUGGAUGGCAACGACACGCUUUCCCGGUUCAGCCACAACGUGCUGCCCACAUCUCACUCUCUGCUUACAAUGAAUAUCAAGGGGAACGAUGAAGAACCCACCACCAGUUAUGACUAUGACUACAGUGAGCCCUGCCAAAAAACCAACGUGGGGCAAAUCGAAGCCCAGCUCCUGCCCCCACUCUACUCGUUGGUGUUCAUCUUUGGGUUUGUGGGCAACUUGCUGGUUGUCCUCAUCCUGAUCAACUGCAAAAAGCUGAAGAGCAUGACUGACAUCUACCUGCUCAACCUGGCCAUCUCGGACCUGCUGUUUCUCUUCACCAUCCCAUUCUGGGCUCACUAUGCUGCAGACCAGUGGGUCUUUGGGAACAUAAUGUGUAAAUUUUUCACAGGGCUGUAUCACAUUGGUUAUUUUGGCGGAAUCUUCUUCAUCAUCCUCCUGACAAUUGACAGGUACCUGGCUAUCGUCCACGCUGUGUUUGCUUUAAAAGCCAGGACAGUCACCUUCGGGGUGGUGACGAGCGGGGUCACCUGGGUGGUAGCUAUCUUUGCCUCCCUCCCAGGCAUCAUCUUUAUCAGAUCCCAAGAGGAACAUUCUGGUUAUGCCUGUGCCCCUUAUUUUCCACUAGCAUGGAAGAAUUUCCAUACAAUAAUGAGGAGUAUCUUGGGACUGGUCCUGCCACUGCUCGUCAUGGUCGUCUGCUACUCGGGAAUCCUCAAAACCCUGCUUCGGUGCCGCAAUGAGAAGAAGAAGCACAAGGCUGUGAGGCUCAUCUUUGUGAUCAUGAUUGUCUACUUUCUCUUCUGGGCUCCCUACAACAUCGUCCUUCUCCUGAGCACCUUCCAGGUAUUCUUUGGCCUGAGUAACUGUAAGAACAGCAGUCAGCUGGACCAAGCCAUGCAGGUGACCGAGACGCUGGGGCUGACGCACUGCUGCAUCAACCCUAUCAUCUACGCCUUCGUCGGGGAGAAGUUCAGAAGGUACCUCUCCGUGUUUUUCCGAAAGCACAUUGCCAAACACCUCUGCAAACAAUGCCCAGUUUUCUAUGGGGAGACAGGAGAUCGAAUGAGUUCAACAUACACACCUUCCACUGGGGAGCAAGAAGUCUCAGCUGCCUUGUAGAGAAGUGGCAGUUCGCAUGCAUACACAAUCUAUGUAGAAUAAAAGGCUUCCAGGGUUUGUUGAACAGGACUCUUAAGUCUCUAAAGCAAGUGCCCGGGAACCACAGGGUUGUGUGACCAAAGAGAGACUUACGUCACUCCCUGUAGAGCCAACAUGUGCUCAGGGAAUGUUCCAGGACAACUGUAGGCAGAGACUUGGACCCUCCAAUGAGCUCAUCGCAGCUCCUGGAAAACGUCACUUCACCUUGUGCUCUGCUCUUUCCCUCCUCUUUACCACUUCUUCGCUCCCUCUCUGAUUCUACCUAUCUCUUUAAUCAAUCCCUUUCAUCAGCUGGAGGUGGGGGAGAGAAAGGACAGGCACGGGUGAAAAGAAUGAGGGUGAGGGGGGUCAGGACCGAGGAGGAGGAGGAGGAAGUGUGAGCAUGGUUGAGCAUGGAUGAGGAUGCAGGUGAGGGGUUCACUGCCCAGCCAGGCACUGGCCCUUAGCUCCGUCUCCUACCAUCUUUAACUUUGAAGGCUUCCCCAGAUCAUGGAGAGCUUGAGAACUGUCUGAACUUUCCAGGAGCUUGAGUGGGACCCCUGAUCCCCUUCUGCUAAGUGCAUGACACGUGUCUGCUUUAGGAUGGUUUGGCUGUAACAACCAUGAACGCUACAUUUGAAAUCUGUUAAAUAAGCGCUAUUGUUCACAUGCUUCUUAGGCCUCAUCCUCCUCUACAAAAAUGUAUCAAAUGUUUGUUUAUAAAAUAUGCCUAAUCCAUAAUGAGAAGAAAAACAAAAGCCCGUUUUGGUCUUUCUAGGGAAAGGGAGGGAUGGAGGUAGCAACUUUGAGAAAGGGGUGGGCACUUCUAAGUUCCUUUAUCAGAGGUGGCCGGGCGAGCUUGCGGGAGGACCCAUGAAAACCCCUAGAAGGCCUCGUGUCUCUAGCUCUGACAUGUUUCUUUCCUUCCUGCUGCCCUUGCCCAACUGUCCCCCAUAGCCUUUACCACAUAACUCUGCCUAUAGGAUUGCCCCACCCCAAAAGCCAGUUUGUGGAGGUCCAGGAGAGCAUCUGUGGGGAGAAUGUGUAACAGGAAACCCCUCUGGGGCCUGAGAGAGGGAAAACAGUCACUGGGGACACAGGGUGUGUGCUCAGAGCAAAGAAGGGGUCCACUUUGGAAAUCGUACAUCAGCCCGUGACCUCAGGGUCAAUUACCUAGAUGAGGAAGACUGUUAGAUAGGCUGGGAAAAAAAUGUUUUCCAAACUACCUUCUGGCAUCUCAUUCUGGAUAUAGGCAACAUUCAGAUACAUACGUAUACUUUUUUAAGGUAAAGUAAAAAUUAAUUUAAAGCUGAAAACUGCAACUUGCAAUUGUGGUAAAGUAUCACUUUAAGAGUUACUAUUAUGCCAAGCCUAAAACCACUGUAUUAGUCAUAGAGACAAUACUGGUGUUUGGCUUAAGAUUGUGGAGCACAUGGUAUGUUUGGGAGACUGCUGGUUCAACAUAAAUAGAUGUUAAUCAGCGAGUUGGAGGUAUAUGAUCUAUGGGUUUACUAGCUUAUGGUGACAUAGAAUCUAAAUAAUAUCUGGGGUCACAACUCAUCUCAACUGUGUUUUUAUUCUCUCUGACUUGCUACCAAAAAAUCUUUUUGGCAUCAUCAUGAAGACUAGAGAAUCAUGGAUGUAAUCCUAUUUAAAUGCUUCAAACAGGUCAAAUUGCCCCCUUUGGCCAGGGGGAACUCCUAAUUCAAGCUGACACCUAGUCAAAGGUUUUAAAGCCUAUUUGUAAAGAAGGGGAGUUGAAGAAGGUCACUUCAGUAAGCAAAGACUUUCAUCUUGACUGAGUCAGGUUAGAAUGUACAUUUAUUUGCAUUCCAAUCUGAUGCAAGCGUGAAACACAGGGCUCCUGGAACCCAGCAGCUGGGGAGUUGGACAUCACUAUAGUUUUCCUUUCUUGUCUUAUGGCUAGAGAAGGUUUCAGAAAGCAGUGUGAUCCCUGGGGUGGGGCAUUUCACCUUCAGAUACUUGUAUUAUCCUAAUGAAUACAUUACAUUCUGUUUUGAUGAUGAUGAAAUGUAAAUACUGUUUAAAAAGACUAUGACUUGGAAAAUGAA